AUGGCGAUUGUGAUGGUGACACCGCUCGACUACGAGCGCAAGCACGCCUACACGCUCACCGUGGAGGCGUGGAACCCGGUGGCGGGGGGCAGCAGCUCCACGGCGAUGGUGCCUUUGGCUGGCUCCACGCGCCUCCUCGUGAGCGUGGAGGACGCGGACGAGGGGCCCGUCUUCUCCCCGGCCGCCUACGAGUUCGAGGUGGCCGAGAGCCAGGGGCCACGGCACCCCCUCGGCACGGUCACGGCCCUGGAUCCCGACGCAGCGGCCAGACCCGUGCGCUACUCGAUCGAUCGCAACACCGACGUCGACCGUCACUUCGACGUCGACCCCCUGUCGGGCGUCCUCACCGUCGCUCGGCCGCUCGACCGCGAGUCCACCGAGCUCUUUAACAUCACGGUGAUCGCCACGCAGGCCGACGACCAGGCGCUGGUGGGCCGUGCCCCCGUCACGGUGCGAGUCCUCGACGUCAACGACAACGCCCCCGAGCUCCUGGGGCCCGACGAGCUCGUGCUGUGUGAGAACACGCCCGCUGGCCAGGUGGUGCACAUCUUCAGUGCCGUGGAUCGAGAUGAGAAUCAUGUAUCAUCUCCGGUCAAAAUCUCGCUCUCCGCUCCGUCCGCCAACUCCAACUUCACGCUGACAGACCAUCACAACGGCACGGCCUCCCUAUCCCUGCGUCGGCGCCUGUCCCGCGGUGGUGCCGAGGAGCUGUCCACCCUGGGCCUGGUGCUGCCGCUCUCCGUGGUGCUGGAGGACUCGGGCUCCCCGGGUGCCCUGAGCAGCACCGCGACCGUGCGCGUGCGCGUCUGCGCCUGCAGCCGCCGCGGCGCCGUCACCGCGUGCACCCUGCAGGCGCUCGCAGUGCUGCCCGCUGGGCUCAGCGUGCACGCGCUCAUCGCCAUCCUCGCCUGCCUGCUCAUCUUGCUCAUCCUCAUCCUCCUCUUCGUCUCGGUGCGCCGCCGCAAGAAGAAGGCUCCGUCCCUGCCGGAGGACGACGACAUCUGCGAGAACAUCGUCCGCUACGACGAGGAGGGGGGCGGCGAAGAGGACACCGCGACCUUCGACCUCGUCACGCUCACCUACCCGCACGCCCGCCCGCUCACCUCCUCCUCGUGCAGCGGCGGCGGCGGCGCUCACCACAACAACAACAACCACCACCACCACGGCAACAACAACAACAGCCACCACCACAACAACCACCACCACCACAACAACAACAACCACGACGGCGUUCGCCAGCCCAACCGCGUCCCGCUCGCCACGGCGGCAUCGGCGGCAACAACAACAACAACCGCCGCAUCGGCGGCGUCCAACAACCACUACCACCACAGCCACCACAACCAGCAGCAGCAGCAGCACCGCCACCAGCACCACCACCUACCGCCCACAACCACCAGCUGCAGCAGCGGCACAACCACCGCCGCCGCCGCCAAUCACAGCGGCGGCGGCAACAACAACAACGGCGCGUCCGCCGUGCCGUCCGGCGUUCGCUCGCGCGUGGGUACCUGCAUGGACGAGUUCAUCCAGGUGCGCCUGCGGGAGGUGGACGCCGACCCGGCGGCACCCCCCUACGACUCGGUGCAGGUGUACGGCUACGAGGGGAGCGGCUCUUCGGUGGCCGGCUCGCUGGGCUCGCUCAGCUCGCUCGGCUCCGAGUCGUCGUCGCGGUCGCAGGGGGCUCCGUCGACGUCCACCGACGGCGACCAGAGCUACGACUACCUGCACGAGUGGGGGCCGCGCUUCCGCACGCUGGCGCACCUGUACGGCCACGUGGCCGCCGCCGCUCCUGCCGCGGCGCCUACGACGGCGGCUACGGGAGCGGCGGCGGCGGUCGGAGCGGCAUCGGCAUCGGCGGCGGCGGCAGGAUCGGGGUCGGCUGCUGCCGGGGCGGCGGCGGCGGCGGCGGUGGGAAUGGCGGGGAAGAAUGUGGACCGCGGAGGCGGUUAGAGGAACGAAGUGAAUUGAACGAACGA